CUGCAGCCUGUAGUAGCGCCCGCGUGUCUCAGCCUUCCCCUUAGUGUCAGCCCAGCGCGGGGGGUGCGAGCAGCAUGAGAGUAGUGGCCUUAAUCAGUGGUGGAAAGGACAGCUGUUAUAAUAUGAUGCAGUGUGUGGCUGCUGGGCAUCAGAUUGUUGCUCUAGCCAACUUAAGACCUCCUGAAAACACAGCAACGGAUGAACUGGACAGCUACAUGUAUCAGACAGUUGGACAUCAUGCCAUAGACCUGUAUGCUGAAGCAAUGGACUUGCCCCUCUAUCGUCACACCAUAAAGGGUACCAGUGUGGACACUGGAAGAGUGUAUACCAUAUGUGAAGGAGAUGAGGUUGAAGAUCUUUAUCACCUUUUGAAACUUGUUAAGGACAAGGAAGCCGUGGAAGGUGUCUCGGUAGGCGCCAUUCUUUCUGACUAUCAACGAGUUCGAGUGGAAAAUGUGUGUAAGAGGCUUAAUCUGCAGUCUUUAGCUUACCUUUGGCGUCGAAACCAAGAAGUUUUGCUCAAAGAAAUGAUAUCGUCUCACAUUCAAGCUAUUAUCAUAAAAGUAGCAGCCUUUGGUUUAGAUCCAGAUAAACAUCUAGGAAAAACACUGGAUCAAAUGGAGCCUUAUCUUUUAGAGCUUUCUAAGAAGUAUGAAGUUCAUGUUUGUGGAGAAGGUGGGGAAUAUGAAACAUUCACUUUGGACUGUCCUCUGUUUAAGAAGAAAAUAGUUGUGGAUUCAUCCAAAGUAGUUGUCCAUUCAGCUGAUGCAUUUGCACCUGUGGCUUACCUUCGCUUUUUACAAUUACACUUGGAGGAUAAGGUGCAUCCUUGCUGAGGACAGAGAACUGGUAAGGAUUGCUGACCCUUCCUGACACAGGAUGUACACCGGAGACUUGUAAACUAGCAGUUUAUAACAUGUCUGCUAAGAGCCUGCAUCAAGAAUU